CUUCCAACAAUACUAGUAGUAAUAGUCAACUUCUCGCCGUCAGGACAUUUCAUAACACCAAUGAAACAUUCUUUCUUGCACGCUUGCAAUAUCACUUUUAGAGACCUUUGUAAUUAGAUUGAUGAUAGACUUGAGUUUUCAGGGGAAUUCACAGAUAGGGACGCUAGUUCAUAUACGCGUGCGUGUAGAUGCUGUCAACACCGACAAAAUGGCGUCCUCCCCAUUGCAGAUCAUGCGGCAGGUCAUGCAGCAUAUUUCUAAAACAAAGGGGUUCGACAGGGUUAUGAAUAAGGUCCAGGUGGUGUCAGCUGAACCAGGGAAGUGUGUGUUUGAGAUGAAAGUUGCUGAGGAACAUCUCAACUUACCGGGGGACUCUUCACGGAGGCUUAACGGCGACCUGGUGGAUGGUUUGACGACGUAUGCCCUUCUGUCCAUGGAGGGGGGAAAACCAGGAGUGAGUGUGGACCUUCAUGUCAGCUAUCUGAAAGCAGCCAAACCAGGGGAAACCAUCACCAUUGCUGCUGAAGUGUUGAAAAUGGGAAGGACUCUUGCCUACACCACAGCACAAAUCAAGAAUGAACAGGGAGAUGUCAUCGCACAAGGCCUACACACCAAACAUGUGGGAAACUGACACAUAGGGGACUGAAUAGUAGUGCACAGAUACUGCAGAAUGAUAUGAUAAUUGGCAUUGUACAAUGUAUAUUUGUGAUAAGGUAUAUGAUUGCAUACACAUUAUUUAUGACUGUUAGUUUUGGCAACCAUUCUCCCUCAGACAUGAUUAUAGUAAUGUUGUCAAAACAUGACAAUGUGCAAUUCUUAGACCAGACCACUUUAAUUUAUUGGUUCUUGGAUUUUGAAGUCUAGGCAUCCUAUUAUAGCCCCAAAUGCUACGAUAGGAGCCAUGAAGUCAGGAUAAAAGGCUGGGUUAAUAUUUAAACAAUAAAUUUUGAACUUUUAAUGAAACCACUGCAUUGAUAGAUGGAAAAACUGUAACUAUAGGAAGAAGAGGACUUUCCUCAACUGUUGAGGGUCAAAUAUGACCAUAUUUGAGUUGAUUUAGAACCAGAAUUUUUUUUUUUUGCAAAUCAGAAAAAAAAAUGAAGAGGCAAAUCCGAGAACCAACAAAUUAAAUUGGUGUGGCCUUAAGUUUAAAAAAAAGUAAAAAAAGUUUUCAGACUCAGAACACUAUUCACAGCAAACAUCAUGAUUGUUCGUCCUGGCCACUGUUGUACAUAGGUAUUAUCUUCAUACACUGUUACAUACUAAAUUACAUGAAACAACAUACUUUACAUACUUUUGUCACAUACAUUACCAAGAAUGGUCAUACACACAAGGGUUUAGAUGUUUUCAGAUGUGUCCAUGCAGGAAUUAAAGUUUUUUCUGGUUUUGAUUAUUGCUUCUCUCUUUGGCUUUAGAUUGAUAAUACAAUGUGUAUUUAACAAGAAAACCUGCCUAUGAAUAAGUUCACAGCUUAUGAGAUUGAGUACAUGGUUCCUCUUAGAACAACAAAAAUGCAUAAAAUACCAGGAGAAACAAUUAUAAAUCACAACCCAUGUUUAUUGUCUUGGCUAGCUGUGCCAAUACACAUUCCACUGUAGAAAUAAAUUACGUACUCCCCAUGGCCCCACGAGGUGAAAUUGUCUCCCAAGUACUACACUUGUCCAUGAUCAAGAACCCAAUUCAAACACAUUCAUGGUGAAAGUGGUGCAACAGAGACUUUGGUCCAUUCUUAUAGUAGCAUCAAACAAACUCCAUUGGCCAAAUAGUUGUUCUUUUUCUUGUACCACCAAGAGAAACCUUUGUUUUUUUUAAAUCUGCAGGAACCAAACUUUAUCUUAAUGUAUGAAAGCAAACAUCUAUGUGUGGGUUUCUUGUAACACGUGACAAAUGACAUUGACAUGGAUGUAACCAUUCUGGACUGAAUCCAUAGUUGUACUUGUCCCUCUCUGUGGCACAAAAAAA